ACACACACACACACACACACACACACACACACACACACACACACACACACACACACACACACAAUUUUUCCACCGUACUUUCUGUGAAAACUCUUGAAGACGUUGGUCAUCCACUUGUAAUCCCAUUGUGAUCCGGCGUGUAAUCCCAGUAGGAUCCGCAGGGGGCGCUGGUGUGAUCUGAACGCAUGGAGGGAAUAUAUCGGUCCUCCGGCUGAAGAAGAGGAAGUUCACAGGAAGUGACGUGUAUGAGUCCGGUGUGUUUCUGUAGCCACAGAUAAUAUCAACUUCAGGAUUUAUAAACCCUUGACUAGUGACGUGUGUGUUGAGAUAUAAACGGACGAAUGUUAACCGGGAGAUUGAAGAAUGUUAACGAGCGGCGUUAGUUUGGUCUGUUUGCUCAUGCCACCAGUUAGCUUGUAGCUAACCUGCUCCGAGGGCAUCGAACCCGCGACCCCCUGAGCCCCGGCAUGGGACCUGAUCUGGGAACAGAGGCCCUCCCCCUGCCCUCGCUGCGCCUGCUGGUGUCCCCCCUGCAGCUGAGCGUGGCGGUGAUGUGGCGGGUGCUCCACCGGCUGGAGGUGCAGCACUACUGGGCGGUGGCCCGCUUCGUGGGCCUUCUGCUGGAGGCGGUCCCCGAGCUGCUGCUGGACCCCCACUGGACCCCGCUCGGCAGCGGCCUGCGGGCCAAGUAUAUCCUGGAGCUGUGUCGGGCUGACCAACCUGUGGACCCAGAGCAGAUUAGGGCACUCCUGGACACGGUUGCUAGGCCGCACCCCCCCAGAGCUAGACAGGAACAGGAAGAGGAGGAGGAGGAGGAGGAGGGGCCUGUGGAGGCUAACUUUGUGGAGCUGGUCCACACGAUGCUCAAAGACCCGGAGGUUAAACAGCACUUUUUCACGGAGGUGUUCCCAGUGGCGUACGGUCCGGACUACGACCAGGACCUCCUCACCCUGUUUGAGGAGCUCCUCUACCGACUGGCUCAGCUGCUCCCGGUCCCUGACCUCGGACAGACGGUGUCGUGGCUGGGCAGCAGCAGCAGCUCCCUCCUGGACGACUGCUCCGUCUCCUCCACCCACCUGAGAGGUUUACUGCAGCACCACCGACAGCUGGGUCACCUGGAGGAGCACGUUCCUCCCUCCUCUAUGGGCAACUGCAUCCUGUCCUCCCUGGCCGGCCCGCCCCCAGCCAGGCCCCACAGCCAAUCAGCUUCACCGCAGUGCCUCGGGGACCACGGCCCAUUCGCCGACGGAGCGGCCGAGGUCGUCAUGGUGACGGACUACGCCGAGGUGGAGCUCGGCACCACUGGCCACCCGCCGGAAGAGUGCGUGGAGGAGGUCGUCACGGAGACGGAGGUCGUCACGGAGACAGAGGUCGUCACGGAGACGGAGGAGGAGGGGGGGGCACCGACGGAGGAAGACCCCGCCUUCCCCGACGAGAUGAAACGGGAACAGGAAGAGGAGGCGGCGUCCCCGGCCCGCCCCCACGUCUGCCCCGACUGCCCGAAGCGGUUCCGCUUCGCCUCGUCGCUCACCGCCCACCGGGUGGUGCACACCCGGGAGCGCCCCCACUGCUGCCCCGCCUGCGGCCGCUGCUUCUCCUUCCGCCAGUCGCUGGACCGCCACAGGCACACGCACGAGACGGCCCCCGGGACGGCCACGCCCCAAAGCGAGCACGAGACGGCCACGCCCCAGACGGCCACGCCCCAGACGGCCACGCCCCAGACGGCCACGCCCCAAAGCGAGCCACAGGCGGCCACACCCCAGACGGCGCCUGGUAGCGGCGACCGGGACGCGAGCUCGCUCCGCGACAGGAAGUUGAGCUGUGAGCCGGCACCGGCGGACCCUGAGAGUUCCGGCGGGGAGCCGCCGCCCCCCCAGGUGAAGCAGGAGGCGGGGGCGGACGGAGACGACGACGACGACGGCGGUGAAUGGGUGGGGUCGGGGGCCGGGCGGGUGGAGGCCCUGGCUCCGGCGCUGGUGGAGCGGGUGGUGUCCCUGGUGGCGGUGCGGAGCAGCGGCCGCAAGAGGAAGCCCACCAUGAAGGUCCAGGUCAUCAACCUGCAGAGGAGCCUGGGGAGGGGCGGGGCCAGCCUGGGGAGGGGCGGGGCCAGCCUGGGGGCGGAGCCUAAGAAGCGGAAGCAGGGCGGGGCAGCUGCGCCCUUCUUCAGCUCGGAGCACUCGUACGGUUCCGCUGAGGGCCUCCCGGGUUCCGCGGCGGCCGAGGGUGAAGUCGGCGCGGAGGGCGGCUCCUCUCAGGUCCUCGGCGGCCCAGCCGCAGACCCAGGCCUCCAGGCUCCUCCUCUUCCCGGCGUUGCCGGUUGUCAGGACGACGCGGACGACGCCGCCGACCUGCGGGACGGCCGCUUCGGCUGCCCCGACUGCGCCAAGAGCUUCCGCUUCCGCUCGCUGCUGGCGUCGCACCGGCGCGUCCACACGGGCGAGCAGCCCUUCCUCUGCCCGUUGUGCGGCCGCCGCUUCUCCUUCAAGCAGUCGCUGGAGCGCCACCGCCGCACGCACGGACCCGGGCCGCCCGCCUCCCCCGCCGAGCUGCGGGACCCCGGGGGGGGGCGCCCAGACGCCGGGGGCGGGGCCUUCCUCUGCUCCCGCUGCGGGCGCUCCUUCAGCGCCAAGUCGGCGCUGCUCCGGCAUGCCAGGACGCACGGCGAGGAGACGCCGACGGGGCCCUCCGGCGUGGCCCCGCCUCCCGGGGAGCAGCAGGAGGCGCUCCACACCUGCGACUGCGGCAAGUCGUUCCCGUACCGCGCGGCGCUCACGGCCCACCAGCGCGUGCACCGCGAGGAGCGGCCGCACGCCUGCGCCCACUGCCCCAAGCGCUUCCUGUACCGCGGCGGGCUGACGAGCCACGCCAAGACGCACUGCGACGACAAGCCCUUCGCCUGCUCCUUCUGCGGCAAGAGCUUCAAGCGCGAGCGCAACAUGAAGAAGCACGAGCGCUGCCACACGCGGGACGGCGUGUUCCGCUGCUCGCAGUGCGACAAGAGCUUCGUGUACAAGGCCACGCUGACGCGCCACGAGCUGACGCACUCGGGCGAGCGCCCCUUCCUCUGCUGCGACUGCGGCAAGGGCUUCUACUCGCACGCCGAGUUGCUGAAACACGAGCGCUUCCACACGGGCCACAAGCCCUUCCAGUGCCCCUUCUGCGGCAAGCGCUUCACGCAGUCCUGCUACCUGACCAUCCACGUGCGCUACCACACGGGGGCGCGGCCGUACGCGUGCCCCGACUGCGACAAGAGCUUCAUGAGCGCCAACCGGCUGAAGAGGCACCAGCGCACGCACACCGGAGAGAAGCCCUACCUGUGCCCCGAGUGUGGACGGGGCUUCAGGCAGUCCUACCACCUCAAGGUGCAUCUGAGGACGCACGCCUACUCCUAGGACACGCCCCCUCCCCUGAGGACCCACGUCUAGGGCACACCCCCGCCAGCACCCCUAGGGUUCACCGCCUAUACCUAGGCCACGCCCCCCACUCGCAACCGUGGGGGUCAGAGGUCAUCAAGCUUACACUGAAGAAUGAGUUUCUAUUAAACAUGAUUCACUAUGUCUGUCGAGA